ACCAGCAGAAGGACCUCGUUUCAUAAUGACGAACAAGCUGGGCUUAGAUGGGUCACCGGAAACAACUACGACGGAAGACUACGUGGACAUCUGGCAGAAGGCAGACGAAGAAAUUCAAGGCCUGGUGGGCGUCAUAAUGGUUGCGCUAAUAUGCGUCGUGGUAGGCGCCAUAUUGCUGCUGGGCUGCCUUUAUCUCACGCUAGAGAUCUGCAAGGACUUGAGGCACAACUGCCUCGUUCUGUGGGAUUACGUCACCUGUAGGGACCCACGUUACCGCGUGCUCGUCAAGUUGGCCAGGGAGUCCCAGGUUCGAAUCCCAAGCUAUGAGAGAUACCGCAGGUGGAAAAGAGGAAGAAAUCCUUCUGGUGCGCCUGAGGAUCCGACUGAGGCACUCGCCGAGGAACAGCAGCCACUCAUCCCGGAAGAAGUGGUGGACGACGACGACGACUAAUGAAGAGACAGGCGUCCAUCGCUUGUGCAAAUAUACGACGGAAACGUAU